GGGAAAAAACGAGUGUCACGUACUUUCGUAUUCUGUAGUCUUGUAAUAUUAUUAAGUGCCGCUAAAAGUAAAAAACCUUAUGAAAAAAACAAACUGGUGACCUGGCGACUUGGAUGUGAACUAGGAAUUGUUAUAGAUUCUGACUGUCCUGUUGAUGGAGGUUGGUCAACUUGGACUGCUUGGUCUGCUUGUCUAGGAUUAUGUGAUGAGACCGGACAUCGAAGGAGAACCAGAGCUUGUGUGAAUCCACCUACAUCUAAAGAUGGCUUACCCUGUAGUGGGCCAGAGCAAGAAAUUGAACCUUGCUUUCUGACCAAUUGUACCAUUGCAGACUUUAGAAAGAUAAUUAAAAAUGAUCCAGUAAGAAUGAUUGGUCUCCGACAAUUAGAAGCGGUUCCUGUUUUGUUAGACCAAUGUCUGAUAAGGGAAUGCCCAUAUGAGGCAAUUGAAGCAGCUUUAACAACAGAUAAUACUUGGCAAUUAAGUGCUGAACCAUUAUGGAAUGCUUUGCAAUGUGUAAAGCGAAAUUUGGGUUGCCCCGUUACGGGACAGUGGGGCAAUUGGGGUCCUUGGUCAGCUUGCGGGGCGCUAUGCGGGAAGGGAUUACAGUGGAGAUAUAGAAAAUGCGACUCUCCAUCUCCUUCAGACGCUCGCCUUGUAUGCUCCGGUGCUCCAUUGCAGUAUGAAGAAUGUGAGGGUGAUCAAUGUGCGAUAGUUGAACCAUCUCUUGAGUAUUCAACAGGUGGCACUUGGAGUGAGUGGGGUCAAUGGUCGGACUGUUCAGAACACUGUGGAAUUGGUAUUCGGCGGCGGAAAAGACAAUGCUUUCAAAAGCAUACAUCUAUGUCAUCAUUUGUAUGGGGGACAUUUUGUCGCGGACAAUACGACCAACUAGAAGUGUGUUCUAACAAAAACUGUAAGCUUAACGGGGGUUGGUCUGGUUGGGGGGGUUGGGGUCCAUGUUCGCAAUCUUGUGGAGCUGGGAAACGUUCUAGAUCAAGGUCUUGUACACGGCCCAUACCUUUUGGUGGAGGGGCUAAGUGCUUCGGUUCAAGAACCGAGGUCGGACCAUGUCAUUUAAAUCCAUGUAACGUUUACUUUCAUAACAUAGCGUUAUUUAACGGCGAUUCUGUGUUACAGUACAAUUUUCCAAGGAAGCAUUCAACAUUUUUUCAUUUUUAUAUGCGUUUUUUGCCAUUGUCUCCCACAGGAACGUUGUUACGUAAAGGUCCUUUAAAUAAUCCAUUAGUACGACUGAAUAUGCAUAAAUGGCACGUAUGCUUAGACGUAAGCGGAUCAUCUAAAUCAUGUUUUAUUCCGCGACUUUGUUCACCAACUGCAAUUGAUCCCGCAGCUUGGCAUUCAGUUCUAGUGACAUUAACUAAUGAUAUAGCUAUGCUAAGAAUAGAUGAUGCACAAGUUCCAAUUAAAGGUUCAUUCUCUUGCGAUCCUGAGUUAGAAAGAAAUAAUGUGAAAAUGUUUGUCGGAAAUAGAUUUCAUGGUGCAGUUCAAGAAAUGAUGCUUAACUUUAUUCCACUGAGUAUGUUAAUUGAAAAAGAACGCCAAACACAGAAAUCAAAUUUUUUCCCAUCAUUCGCGUCUAAUAUGGCGUAUGAUAGGGCUAAUUUUGAUGAAGCUUUUAUUAAUUUAGAAAAUGACUACUACCUUCGUGUACCUUGUUUUAGUACUAGUAAAGAUAGCUGGCGUUUAGAUUUAACUUUAAAGCCAAAUACAGAUACUGGCAUGAUAUUAUUUAUGUUGGAUAGCACAAAUGAUUAUUGGAUCUUACUUUCGUUACAAAAUUUAAGGCUUAAAAUUAAAUUAAACCUAGGCGAACGCAAACCAGAAAUACUUAGCUCGUCAGAGUGUGUACCUCAUCAAUGGCUAGAUUUGUCACUUACUAAAAAGACCGCUGCUAAUAUUAUUGAAGCAACAAUCAACGCGGGCGAGAAACUUCAUAUUCUUUUAGCAGAUGAUAGAUGUAAAAGGACAGAAGACAUAAACCUUGAUAGUGAAAAGUCGUUUUAUUUAAAUUCAACCAUUUAUGAAGAAGUGUGUAAUUCUGGUGAUGAAACAAAUUUAACAAAAUGCGAAAAAAAAUCAAGGACACAAAUUAAUUGUAAUGAAGAAUUUUAUAUUGGUGGUUGUCCACAUUACAUUAAAAGCAAGAUUCCUGAAGACAUACCUUCAUUUUCUGGAAUUAUCGCUUCUCUUAAAAUUAACAAUGAGUUGUUGGAUCUUCGUGAUUACAGUAUUGAGAGAAAUAAAGGUAAAUUGUUGCAAUUAUCCUCACGCACAGCAAGUGUUUCAGGAUCCUAUCAUGAAUUAAUGUGGGGUAAAUCAAACAAGCUCAAUUUAACUUGUCUUUAUUCCAAAAAAAUAAGUACAUCAAAAGAAGUAAGUUACUGGCUUUUUUUGGACACUGAUGUUAAUGAAAUAAUAAGGGACAAAAAUAUUACAUCCCUGGACGACGGCAGACUUCUCAGAUUAACAUUAGAAGCAGAUAAUGAGUUACGAGGUUUUUAUACGUGCCGUUCUUUUUAUAAUACAAGAACGCGAAAUAUCAUAACGUAUGGGGUUAUUGGUAAAUUUAAGAAUGAUCUAACUGGACCUGAUUUAACUACUAUUACAGCGGUUUUUACAACAGUAUCGCUCAUAAUUUUUACAUUAGUAUGGCUUACAAUAGAAGGCAUACACGAUCUUCGCGACGGAUAUGGAUUUUUCCGUGAUGCACAUAUGUCUCCCGAAAAAGAAGCAGAAGCUGUUUGUAAAUAUAUCGAUCAAAAUAAGCACUUACUGGGAAGUAAAAGUGCCGUUAGACUAGCUAAAGCUAGAGCGAAACGUAAAGCGAGGCAUUUAGCUAGUCAGAUCAGUUUUGCAGCCCAAGAACCGGAUGGUUUAAUGGAAAUUAACAACGACGAAUUUUCCGCCGUGGAUGAAGGGACAGCAACUGAGCCCGAGGUAUUGCCUGCUUUACCAGAUGCUAAAUCUCCAGCCCCUGAACCGUCCCAUGAAGUGUUUCGAUGCGAACCUUCCUAUGUCAGUUCUCCCAAACACGGCUCGAACAUUACAUCACCCGGAACAAAAAUAACGUCAUCAUCGUCUUUAGAUAGCUCCCCGAGACACCUUUGUUCAAGAUUAUUGAUGAGCAAAGUUAAAUAUUCGUCAAAGGAAAGUUUGAGAUCUAAAAGGGUACUUCGCAAUAAAAACCUUUCAAACCGAUCCCAAUUGUUGACUAUAAAAUCAUCUACGUAUGUGAAUUUAUCGCCCGGACAACGCAUAUUACAAAAAUUCAAAGAGUUGAAAUCAAUGGAUGAUUAGAUUUUUUAUUGAAGAACACAUAUUUUUAGACGAAAUCAAAACAUAUAAUCUAUAUGUUUGUAACAUAUAAACCGUUACCGUUGCCCUUUAUAACGAACUUUGGUUUAUAGCUAACACUACUUGCUUCUAAACGACGAUUUCUAACGAAAACUUGUUUUAACGCUAAUAUGUAUAU